CAGAGAAGCGGCCUGCCCGGACCUCCAGACCUGCAGAAAUGUAAUGUAGCGACAGUAACUGUCAGCGGAGGCCCCACACGCCUUCACACACUCACUCAUGGCCCCACAUUGAAGACCUGCAGCUCUCACAUGGACAGCAUCGCCUGCGGGAUGGACACAAAAGGCACUAAAUGUAAGUCACUCUGUAAGCUUUAAACACAAGGGAGGCAAAAACAUUGAUACAGAGUUGAGUGCACCCUUGUGUGGCUUGGUGAGGUGUAUUGUCAUAUGCAUGUGUUGUUUUUAUGUGUAAAUUAAUCAGCAGAGCAGUUGCAAAACUCUUACAACAACUGUGUGCGAUUUCCUUGAAUAACUUAGCAUUCACAUUUGACUGGUUUCACUAGGGGGGAUAUGGAAGUUUUACUGGCAACAUCUUUGGCCUAAAUGUUUUUUUUUAUAUAUAUAUAUACUGCCCCAAGUUGCUCUCAGUUUGCUGCAGUAAAAUUCUCUGCAUGUAUAUUCCUUGUAUGUGACUUUUACAAGCACAGACAGUUGGUGAAGAACUCUCCUCCUUCCUCCUGAUGUUCAUCUGAGAGGACACAAUGGCAGAGCUCUUUAAAAAUAAAUAAGAUUGCUUAAGUCUCCCCCCAGCUGCUUUGACAGGCAGAAAACCAGCUUCUCAUCUAAAGUUGGCUUGUUUUUACAGAAAGCAAAUCUGACUCAUCCUUGGUCAAGUUAAAUAUCUGGAUCAGGCUGCCAUUGUUUGAUACUGGACACCACUGAGCAGAGAGCUUGUGUGCUCCAUUGAAACACACUGCUUUUAUACUUAAAUAAGUGGAAGUACAGCAUGUGUUUCUGCCUGUGUGUUUUUCUCUAGGAGGGGUGCAGCUGCCCCCUGCAUGGUACUGCAGUUUUCCACAUUGUAAUUGAAAACAAACACAUUUCAUCCCCGUGUGGGCUUUGUAUGAUGUCAGAAAUAACAGCAUUACCAGAACAUAGUGUGACACAACUCAGCAUUUAUAGUGUAAAGUUAUGAUCUUGGAUUAGAGCAUAUCUGACUGUACAUUAGUUAUCCUGUUAGUGCUCAGAGAGAGUUUCACAUCCUUGCUGCCAGCUGUCAGGCAGGUAAACAUGUGACAGUGAUUAUAGCUUUAAUGGAAACUUUAGCUUGACUGAAAAGGGGACAAACUGCACACGUGUUGUCUUUUAUCAGCUGUUAAACCCGCAAGAAAUAGACCUUUUAAGCCAAAAAUGUCAGUCCUUACUUCCCAAUCCAUUCAGUCCGUCCUUAAAUCCUUCCUCACCCUGUCAGUAUGUGGAUAUGUGAAUGCUAAAAGCAUGUGUGGCGUGUACACAGAGUAUCUAAAGAAGGAAGUGUCUCAAGGUCUCUUCAGGAUGGGAGAAAUCCUCACCUGACACUUUAAUCAGUCACACACAAACACACAGAUUGACUUUCCCUCUGAGCUUUGUGAGUGUAAACAACAUAACAGAAAACACAUGGUGACAAGUACUGAUCCAUGAGGAGCACCCUUCUGUUUGAAUCCCCUAAUUAGCUUCCUCAAGUUUUCUUUUUUAAUAAUUUUAAUCUCUUUUUGAAAAUAAAAAAAAUAAAAAAACCUAUCAUCUAGUCUCAAAAAUGCACAGAAAUAAUUUGUAAUGACUUUGAACAGACCUUACCAUGGUAACCAUCUGUAUAGUCAGGUGCUGAAGCUAAAACAUUGUCAAUAGGAUCUUUGGUUCAGGUAAAUUGUGUUAUUGACACUGGAUGGUAAAAAUGUCGAGGGACAUUAAGCCCUAUGUUUACUUUAAUUUUAAGUUUGAAAGAUUUAGAUAUGAUGACUUCUCCUUGUAGAUGUUGAUGUUGCACUUUGUUUUUACUCCAGACCUCCUAUCCAGUGUUAGCUUAUGAGUUGCCAAAACACAAUUUUACUCAAAAAAGGGUCCUAUGUCUCUCCGCAUUUUUAUUAUCCAUUCCCUCUAUUUUGGGAGCUGUGAAAUGACAAAAAUUGCCGGAUUAUGUACUAUACAACUCACAACCUGCAAAUCUGUAAGAUAUGUUUACAUUUGCGCUUGUUGACGUGAGCGAGACGUCUCAAGAAGAAGACUGCUGUGGGAGUUUGGCCUGCAGAGAGAGAUCGGUUGAUCUAGUUGACUCUUAGAUUACUGUCAGUUGUUGUUGAAUACAACCAUGUGGAGUUAUUUAAGUUCAGAUAUCCUGUUCAGUCAGAUUGAUGAAGAGGCAGGUAUGAGCAUGAAUGCUGAAAGCUUCUGAAUAUGCAAAACUCAAGCCAGCUGGAGCAGCAGUGUAAUAAAGUUUUUAGUUUCCACUGUGAGAAGCAGAGCAUCAGGUGGGUGUGAGAGGGGAGAGGCUGUCCCCACAGAGAUGGAGCAGAAUGGUGGGAUUGUCUGUAAUCUUGCCCAGCUGAUAAAAUGAAUUGUAGCCAUUGUCAGGUCAUUUUUUUCAUUACAUAGAGGAACUUGUAGACAAAACAGUGAUCAGCUCGGAGUUGAUGAAUAAAUUGAACAGUAGGCCCAGAGCUGAAACGUUUACACCAUCUGUGUCUUACCUCGAAUGAGCUGGUUUUCCAAAUAUCCACAUUCCACUUAGAAAUGAAUGAAAAGAGCCUGUGUGCCGUCCCUUCAUUCAUUUCCCCCUCAGAUUUAUUUGCAUAAGUAUUUCUGGUGCUUUUGGGUUAAAACUUGCUGUGAAAUCUGGAUUUUGAUCCUUGUGGAUGAGGUCCUUCAGAGUCCUACUAACAAGGAUUGAAGUUGUUACAAGUUUAAUUAAAACAUGGCCUCAGUGGGUAUGGGUUAGCCGGGUGAGAGAGCACAUUUGAAAUGCGGUUUGCUUUCGUCAUCUAGCCAGUGGUCAGCGACCUCACUGUGCAUGUAUUAGUGCCUUAUUUCUCAUCAUGCACACAGUAUGGUGUGGGUUUGUUAGCAUUGUAAACAUAAAACUUUGAUUCGAAACUAGCGAAAACUGGGAGUUAAACCCUGGACACCCAUGUUUAGGAAUUUUAUGCUUUAACAACAACUCUGCAAACAGUGCAUGCUCUAAAUUGUCACCAAACAGAGAACUUUUAUCAGUGGCAGUGUUCACGCUGUCCAACAAUAUUUUCACAUUUUCUUGCAGCUUUGGGUGGAAAACAUGAUUGUAGAUCUGGCUUUUUCUUAAACAUUGGUACUUUUGAUGGUUUUUAUUUUCAAAUAAAUGCACUAGAUAUUAAAAAGUAUGACUGUUCUCUGUUUUGGCAGCUUUGGUAUCAUGCAAUUCACAUUUUCAUGAACCAAAAGUAGAGUUUGAGGUUUUUACAGUUUUUACUGGAAUAUGCCUGUGUCAGCAUUUUAUUUCCCAAGCUUUUCUGUCAUACUUUAGCUCAUGCAACCAAAAUGCAGAGCUUUCAUUGUCCUGGUUUUGGGCCCACAGUUGGAAGUAGUUUCAGAUGAGGAAACAGGAGUUUCACGGCCAUAAAAGCUCAUCCUGUGGUUCAGGGUGGUGUCAAUUCCACUUUCAUAGUUCUAAGUUAUCACUUUGGCUACAAAUGUAAAUGUUCACCUUCACUUUAACAUCAAAAUAUGAUAUAUUAAUUUAAGAUUUAAGUAACAAAGCUGUUUUCAUUGAAGCACUUUAUCUCUUCACUGCAUCAUAAAUGCAGUGUUGUUCCAACCAGAUGGAACACCAGCUAUGAAAAUAUGAGCUAUAAGACGAGGGGAUCGCCCCUCCGUAUGAUCGUUAUUUAUGCAUGAAAGGUUCAUAAGUCCCCUGCUUUUAUUUGCUCUGCUAGACUUGAUAUGUUUUUUGACCUUAAGAUAGUCUACAGACAUGCUGACACACAUACACAGUAUGUUAAAUAUAUAUGUAUGUAUGCUCCAUCGUGCAUGAACUGUAAAUCAUUCAUGAUUGUGGAGCAGCCCUAUAAGAAGUGGAAUUCCCCUGUUUAACCCUUGUGAGUUGAAGGGAGAUUACAAUGAUUCAUAUGGCUGAGAUAUGUGCAGUGUAUUUUGGUGUCAUUGCAUGUGUGGGCGUGCACAUUGUGUAUAGGCGAUGGUCAUUCUCUGCCCAGCUGUUUGUAUAGGGUUUCCAUGGAGAUAUCCUGCACAGCGUUGCAACAGAGGACUAGAGUGUGAACAGACACCUUCAAAUAUGUUUUCUACUUCUGCUGUUGAGGGUAAAACGUGACUGUGCCUGGGGUGUGCAUGCAGACAGGUACUCGGAGGGAAAUUUCAGAUUUAUUGGAGAGAGACUUGGCAGAUAUUAUGAGUUUUAGAUAGAAAAGACAUGCACAACCUGUUAUUAGUGUCACUACUCAAUGGGAACCACAGAGAAGCUCCAAAAUAUGAAUCAUGUUAAUGUAAGGGUGUGAGAAUUCUUGCCAGUAGGGUUAAACGUAGGUUUGACACUUCACAGAGUCUGGAUCAUUGGAUACAAUGAAUAAUAUAUAAUGACAGUGUUGGUUGUGUGUUUGGCUAGAGUUAAGGUUCUUACACACUGGGGCCGACGCAUAUAUAGAACACAAAAUUACGAAAUAUUCGGAGGAGAAUUUUGACGCGCCUGAUUAUACACAUCGAGCUCGAUGCGAUUUUGCGACUGACACAACACAACACCAGACUGACUGUUUUCAGUUCUGAUUAGACACUAGUGUUAAGAUGACUGUCUGUCAUGAUAGCAUGUACCGAGUCGGGGCCAGUAGCAGAUAAGCACAUUAAACUAUAAUUCAUAAACGUAAGGUAACAACCAAGACCUAAUGGUGCUGUGACAGCAACGCGACUGAGUUUGAGACAGUGAAAAUACAUACGGUAUGUUGUAUCUGGACAGGUUAACUUAUGAGCUUAAGUUACUUAGCACAGAUGAAAGUUAAAAUAAAGACAUUUAGCAAACUGUUAAAGCACACAAACCAUUGUCAUAUGAGAGAUCCGACACUAUGACUCUCCACAAGUUGUCCUUCAGGUCAUUAUCUUUGUAUUAUUUGUGAUUUUUAUCAAAAAGCACUCUGUUCUCCGACACGUAAACAAUCAGCCGGUCUGCCAUGUUGGAUUUACCGGUGAAUCUGAUGUCGCAACAACACACAAUCUGAUUGGUCAGUGGACACACAGUAUGCGAAACUUUAGAAAAAUCGACCAUGAUCCGAAAAAAUAAAUUCCGCAAGAUAGCAGGACGGGACAACGUCGCUGAUGUGAACGCUUGUAUUGACAGGAUACUGGUUUGAAAAAAAAAUAUUGACGUUCGAAAUAAUCGCACGUAAAAAACAGUCCCGGUGUGAAAAGACCUUUCCUUUAGAACUCCUGUGAAGAACUUUUGGUUUGUGUGGACUCAGCAACCCCAGUAGUCAAAGCGAUGCAUUUGAGCCCUUUGAUCAGUUUUUAGUGCGUUUACAUGCAGUUAAAAUAUGUUUUAUUCGUCUUUGUCCUACUAAAACUAAACUUUUUAGGAAUCAUGUUUCUGCAUCGGUCCAAGUGAAAUCUCACCAAAUCAAACUUCUCAUAGUUGGCAUACCUUGAUAAUACAGUUGGUGAUGGAUUUUCUCCGUCAUGAAUACAGCUCAAUCAAACUGAAACUGGCCUUAGUGUUCUGCACAGAGUUAGCACACUAACACACUGGGCUAUUAGCCAGAAGUUGAAUAGCAUGGAUGCCUUGUUAGAAGCAGGUUUUUAAGCAAAACCUCAACAAAUGAAUUAAGAACAUGAACAUGACUAAGCUUUCCUAACAAACAGUCCAGAGCUGUAAAAGUGACAUCAUUUGACGUAGAUCCUGUACGUCUCCUGCUAACAUGUUUUGCAGGCUGUUUUGAUGUGUAAUCUACUAUCUGACAACCAGAUGGUAACAAGCUGUAAGAGGGCAUGUUGCCACCUACCUUAGUGGAGGCAGGCAUGCUUCUGUCAAUGAUUCUUACCUAGGACAAGGACAGUUGUGUAGUUUAGUCCCCAAAUUGAGCUCUAAAUAAAGCUCAAUUUAACUUUGCAGGUGAACGUAUGUGUGUGUGAGGUGCUUUUAAAACUCAUCACUGGAGCUUUGCAAGACUGGAGUUUGGCUUGGAAAAUACAGGGCAUAUUUUGUUUUGUAUAGACUUGUUUUUCUUCUUUUGUUCCUUGGAAGAGAUGAUAUAAUGAAAGCCACCAUUACUUAAGUUGAGUGUUUAAAGCCUUCAGUGGAAUUUCAAUGAAUGGACCAACAUAGUUACAACAUGUUUAUCAUGCUUGUUUUAUAGUAUUUCCUUUUCAAACGUUACGAUCUUUAUCUAGGAGCACAGCAAAGUUGUGGCACAUAUUAGUGUAUCACAGUGGAAUUUACCCAAUGCUGGGGGUUUCUGAAUAUCUCUCUAAUAACAGGCAGUGCUCAACAUCAAAAAUACCUGAAAAUGUCAGCCUUAAAUCAUGGUUCUGCCCCCAGCUUCACAGCAGACAGCUUUGAAAAUCAUCAAGGCAAAUACAGAAAGUCACAAGAGCGCCCAGAGCGACUGAGCGCCCUGAGAGUGGCAGUAAUGUCACAGCAGCUCCUCGCAGUGUUUACGUUUUUGCCUUUUGUAUUGUUGUUUUUUGCACCUUAUUUGUCUUUCUUUUUAAUUAGCAGUGUUGUGUUUUGCAUAUUCCAAUCAUGGAUGUGCAUUUCAUGACUGUAGCACUUUGUUUUUCUUCUAAUUUUUGGAGUUUUUAAGUCCGCCUCUGGUGGCCUGUUCAGCGGCUCUAUUGUUUACAGCCGUGAACAGCUAUUGGCGCUGCACCAAGCCCGGCCACCUUCGUGGGAGAAACCCGACAUCCCCGCCAAGCUCCGCAGGAGAAGAAGAGGAUGCAGAGCUGGAGUUCAGCAUCGGGCAAAGUGGAGAUGUUUUAAGCCAACUGUCCUGUCCAUCAUCAUGGGAAACAUGAGGUCUCUCCCCAACAAGAUGGAAGAGCUCACAGCGCUGACUCAGCUGCAGUCGGAGUAACGGGAGUGCAGCCUCAUGAGUCAUGGCUAAACGAACUUACUCCGGACCUGCUCGUAACUUUGGACGGAUUUGCACGAGGGAGAGUGGUAAGAAGAAAGGAGGCGGGAUAGCGGUGUAUGUGAAUGAGAGAUGGUGUAAUGGUGGGCACGUCAGUGUUAAAGAGCAGCUCUGCUCUAAGGACAUUGAGCUGCUGGCUGUGAGUUUGUGGCCAUAUUACCUGCCGAGGGAGUUUUCGCACGUCAUCGCGUUAACUGUUUACAUCCCCCUCUCGGCUGAUGCUGCUGCAGCCUGUGAACUCCUCCACAGUGAAGUGUCCAAGCUACAAACAUCACACCCUCAGUCUCUGAUCAUCAUCUCUGAUCAUCAUCGCUCUCCUCCACUCUCCCUACCUUCAGCCAGUUUGUGGAAUGCCCAACAAGAGACAAUAAAACUUUGGACUUACUGUAUGCAAACACCAAACCCAGCCAUCGUCGGAUGUGUAUCGUCAGGGGAUGAGCGGGAAUACAAGACUGUCAUCAGUGACUUUGUCAACUGGUGUGGCACAAACCACCUCCAGCUCAACGCCAGUAAGACAAAGGGGAUGGUUGUAUUUCCGCAGGAGGAGGACACCUCAGACUGUUCCAGUGAACAUCCAGGGUCUUGACAUCGAGAUGGUGGAGUCCUACAGAUUCCUGAGUGUCCACCUCAACAAUAAACUGGACUGGUCAACAAACACAGAUGCUCUGUACAAGAAGGGCCAAAGUGGUCUCCACCUGCUGAGGAGACUGAGGUCCUUUGGAGUGUGUAGGACUCUGCUCAGGACUUUCUAUGACUCUGUGGUAGCAUCUGCACUUUUCUAUGCAGUGGUCUGCUGGGGGGCAGGGAGCACUGAGAGGGACAGGAAGAGACUGAGCAGACUGGUCAGGAGGGCCAGUUCUGUCCUGGACUGUUCUUUAGACUCCCUGGAGGAGGUGGGUGAGAGGAGGAUGUUGGCAAAGCUUGUAUCCAUCAUGGACAAUCCCUCUCACCCACUGCACCAGACUGUGGGGGCUUUAAGCAGCUCCUUCAGCAGCAGACUGAGACUCCCACCCUGCAGGACGGAGCGCUACCGCAGAUCAUUCCUCCCUUCUGCAAUAAGACUUUACAACAAACUGUAAUAAAACUGAACUCACACCACCACUUUUUACUGGCAUCUAAAUUGUGUAUAUUGUAUAUAGUUUUAUUUUUCUUCUCCCUUCCUCCCCUUCCUAAAUUUUUUCUUAAUUAUUACAUUUAUUUAAGUUCUUAAUAUUACGAUCUUUAUUUUUAUAACUGCAUUUUUGCACUAACUUUGUCUGUGAUGCUGCUGUGACAAAAAAAUUUCCCCCAUGAGGGAUCAAUAAAGGAAUAUUCUAUUCUAUUCUUUUAACAAUUGGCCCCUGAAAAACCAAUAUUGGUCAACACCUUGUAUAUAUAUUAUGCUGUGUUCAUACUGAUGAUUCUAUUCAUGUUGCAUUUCACACACACCCAUACCCACAAAAAACAGCCUGAUAUGAUAGAGUGAAUGUUAGGAUGAUUUUAAGGCAACUCAAAUCAUCUUCAUAAAGAAUUUAUAUCCCGCCCUGUAAUGGAGAGACUCAGACAACAGCAAGAAGCCACUGAGAGAGUGUCCUAGUUUUCUGACAGUGCUCUGCCCCGGUCAAAAUCUCAUUAACACAAAAAAUCCCAAAUGGAGACAAAGCAGCUCCUUUUUCCCCAUUUUUUGUCUGUGUGUGUGUGUGUUUUUGUGUAUAUUACCCUUGCCUGUGCAGCAUCAGUAAAGCAGAGCUUCUACUUGCAGAAUAGCAUCUUUCUCAGUGUGUGAAUACUUUUCUGUGAGGCAGACAUAGCAUUGUGGUGAUCUCAUAGGACUCAGGGCAGAUAGGGGAUCUGAAUAAUAUUGACUGCACUGUGGAGCCUUUGUCUGAGAGCAGGCUGAGUCAAGCCCUCUGUGCCAUCUCAGACCUGAAUAAAUCAGAGAGCACAAGAUGAAGAGUGAGAACGACAGGAAGGAGGUUUGGCAGAUGAGAGACAGGCCCUAAAUCAUGGUCAGUUCUGUGAUCUCUGACCCAGCUCCACAAUGACUAAUACCCAGAUGUGACCGCUGCCACCUGGCCAGACAAUCAGACAUCUAAAGAAAUCUCAUCACUUUAUAUAAUUUUGCUUGUUCAUUUUAAUAUACUUGGUAUUGUCAAAUAAUCUCACAAUUCAGUUUGUCUUAGAUAAGAUACCAAUUUGACCUUUUGUGCUACAAACACAAAACGUUCUUGAGGACAAUAGAAGUAACAUAUUUCCUGUAUGCAGUCAGCUGGGCACCAUGGAUACAGACACAGAGUAAACAGUGAGGUGGCCAGUAAAAAAAAUCCUUCAUCUUUAGGUUUUGAUUAAAUUCCCCCCUUUGCUGUCAUUGUGACAGAGAGUAACAUAUUCCCGCCGUCAUUGUCUCAAACAAAUGUAGGGUCAUUUCGAACAGGGCUCCAUGGUCCCUCUAUUUAGGCCACUUUAAUGAGCUCGUCUCAGAGGGAGAAAUCUACUCAAAGUCAUUAGGCCUCUUAAGCAGUAGAGACGUUUCCAUGGUGACGGAGGGGAAGAAUUAUGGGUUGGUGCACUCCCACUCACCUGUUUAAGUAUUAACCGGCUUUUGAAGGGCAGCAAUGAACACUGAAGCUUUGAAGUUCAGGGGCACACACACACACACACACACACACACACACACACACACACACACACACACACACACACACACACACACACACACACUGCCAACAAAGGCUUCACUGCAGCUGAGUAAUCUGGGAAGCAGUGGUGAUAGCAGGAAGCUGCUAUCUCAGCAGUGAGAGAGUCAAAGGCUCCAGUUGCAGGUCAGGUUAGUAAAGCACUGCUGCUCAUUUCCCAUCUACUGUUUCUCCCUCUGCCUUUAAGCAGUUUUGGCAAGAAAGAUCUCUUAUAAGCAACAGCUAAUAUGUCCAGUCUGUAGUGCACCAAAGACAGAGAUUUGUCCUCACUGAAGAACAAUUUUAAUACUGUUUUUUUUUUCUUUUUGUGUCAAUCUUUUUCUCCUUUAAAGAACAACUGAUACCAGGAUCAUCUGUCCUGUCAUCCUCCAUUCUCUCUUUAUCUUGUCAAAUCUACCAUGCUUGUAGUCAACACAAACAAAACAGGAAACCAAACAGCUAGUAGUGUAAAACACAGAGUAAAUGCUAAAAACUGCAGAUCCUUCAGUGUCCACCUGUAGCUGCCAUCAGAACAGUGUUACCUUGGAUAAAAAUGAAGUCAGUGCCAUUUUUUACAUGACCAAGACAAGACGGGACAAGCUAAAAUACACAACUGAUAACAGAAACUUAAGAGAAUAUAUUUUGUUUUCAUCUAAAAUUCAUCCAAAUGUCCCAGAUGUGGAUCUAAUCCACCCCCCAAAAGUAUGAGCAGCGUGUUCCUGUAACAAGCUAAAUUGAUCCCCAAACCUCACAGCACUCAAAGAGGAGGACAAAUACAGCAAUUGUAUGCCAUUGUACAGCCAUGGAAAGACUGUAAGGAUGAUCUAUUUCACCUUAGUAGAUCAGCAGGGACUGCACAUCAGCAAUGCAUUGUGGGAGUUUCUGAACUUAAUCAUCCAGCUACGGUUAAAGUGUUAAGAGAAUAAACACUACUGAUUCAAACACCAGUACCAUCCUGAUUCUAAAUUUAGGGACACAAAUUUUGGCUGACAAUAACGUCUAAAAUAUGAUGACGUUAAAACUAGAUCAAAAUGUUUUGGCUGUUUGUUGACAAAAACUAUUAUGAGUAAAAAUGACAAAACUCUGACUAAUACUAAAAGGAUUUAAGUGUAAAUAAACUUAACACUGCUCCAAAAGCUCAGCAAGCACUAGUAAUGAUUACUUUUUUUAAUGUUGCAUUCAUAUUUAAGCUGCAAGGCUACAAGUUUUGCAUAAUUAGGCAAAACAAUGACUUAAAAUGUGUGCAAAAAUAGUUAUAAACACUUCAUAAGUGAUAGAAUAAGCAGGGGAAAUCUCAGUGUGCCUCUAGAGGUAAGUAGUGUACAACUAUACUUCUGAUUUUGUUCAUAAUGAUGCUUACGGUGGUACAGUAUAUGCCAAAACAAGGUUAAACUGCAAGUAUCUCCAGCUGUUAGGAAGCCUGGAAGGACAGCUGAGUAAGAAACAUCUCUUUUGUGUUUGGAAGGGGAGAGGGAGCUGUUGCCCACCCACAUGCCUUCAAAAACACCUGGUGGAAAGUCCUGAGUUCUUCUGAAGCUUUGGAGUGUGUGCUUCAGGUGCUUGAGGUUUGAGUUUAGGUCUAACCAUUAGAGACUCGUUCUGUUUGUAAAAGUGGUAACAAACCAUUGUGAGAGGAAACAACUUGAACAGAAUAAGACCUGCUCCACAUAUGAAUAAAUAGAUAAAGUGUCUACUUCCAUCUCUUUGUAUUUACUGUAUAGUGUGGAGGUCUGUGAGUAUCAUGGUGUGUGUGUGUGUGUGUGUGUGUGUGUGUGUGUGUGUGUGUGUGUGUGUGUGUGUGUGUGUGUGUGUGUGUGUGUGUGUGUGUGUGUGUGUGUGUGUUGGGGUAGUUGCUGUGUUUUAUGAUAACCUGAAGCAUCUCCCAGUGCACAAUAAAAACAGCGGGGAGGACAGGUUUUUUCCCUCUAUCUGGUCUUAAUUAGUGCACCUUUAUGACUCUUUCAAACCAAAUAAGUUUUUCCACAUGUCGCUCUCACCUGCUGCCAAACGUUGGCAUGUUUACAGUGUGCUCUCUGAUUGUUCCAUGUUUGUCUAAAACACCCACCCUCAUAACUAAUGAACAUGUCAGAGCCAUGAGAAAGAAGUUCUCUGUCUCAAGGGGACACCUGCAGCGGCUAAAAAAAGGUUUGUUAUUAUGCCAUAAUUAGGAGCUCUAUUAUGUUGUCACAUCUUUGAAAUACAAUCAUUGAGGUUGGCGUAUUGAAUACUAUCUAGCGUAGGAUCUAGACAGGGUAUUGAGAUUAGGGUCACCAGAGACAGUACAGUAAAAGCAGGAGAGGCUCAGCUGACAGGAAGAGGAAACAGAAGGCCGGAGGUGAUAGGUGAUGUCAUCAGUGAGGGGAGGAAGUCCAUCUCCAUAGGAGGCAUCCCAAUACGGUCGUGAGCCCAUUAACAAAUGUAGGACAGGAAGAGUGUUUCGUUGGCAGCAUGCAGAUUAUGAUCAGAAUCAAUCUCACAGGGUCUUCAAGUGCAAGGUUAUCAGAGACAGCAUGCUCUUUGACUGCAGCUUUGACGAUUUUAGCUUCAUCUCUGUAGAUUUGACAUAUGACAGGCUUUUUCCCAGCCGCUGGCUCUGUCAAGGGGGUCAGGAUACCAUCAAAUCAGUGUCAAUAUUAGUGUAUAUCAGUUUUGAUAAUAGGUGGGAGUUGUCAACCAAAAACCCAUUUUACAACCAAACAAAGCCCCAAAACAUAAAACAACAGAGCUUACAAGGCUAUCUUGGUAGCUGGCUCUGAUAAUCAACCAAGUCGUCUUGGCUGAUACAGAUGCAUGUCAUGAAAUAACCCACAUGUAUACAUAUGCCAUUUAGACAAAGUGAUGUGUUAUUUUCCGAGGGCUCAGCCUCUUCUCACUUUUUUCAAGUACUGUGCUUUCCUCACAAAAAAAGUUCUCUCUUGUAAUCUGUGCUGCACUGUACUGAUCUUCCCCUCUUCCUUGUACACUCGCCAAGUUUACCAGUCAGUAGGUUUAGAUGCAUAGUCAGGUCUGUAUACAUGACGGUACAGAUCUAUCCCCGGCUGCAUUAUUUAGGUAUGCGAGUCUGACUAUGAGAACUUUAAUUUAGUGCUGUCAUGCCAGUAACUGUCUGGAUUUUGGGUUUCUCCCCCUGCAGCUUAGACUUUAUGACCCUAUCCGGUUUUACUAAUCAUGACACAGUGGUGGAUAGUCAAAGCUAGUUUGUGUGUUUACGAAAAUGUCAACGUAAUUUAAUUGUGCCAAAAAAAGGCUAGAACCAGAUAAAUGAUUGGGGUUUGUGCUUUCUGAAUUAGGUCAGAUGGAAAUCUCCCUCGAAGUGAGGUGAAGCAGACGCUACCUCCAGAAGAAAUAAAACAUUACUUCACACAUCAGUCGGGUUCCCAGGGUUGGUUUCUGAUGUGUUUUCCAAUGUUCUUCAAUUUCUUGCUUCCCUGGGGUAUCUCAUAAAAUUUCCCAGACAGUCAAAUGAAUAUGGGAAAUUAACGUUAAUGUCCUUCCUGUGUGUUUGACAGGCACAGAGCCAGUAAUAAUAACCUAGAUUAAGUAGCUGGUAACCUACUUUAAGUGUUUAUUUUGGGCAGUGGAAACAAGCUAUUAAUGCAACUCUGACAAUUAAGGUCAUUCUGACAAACUUGCUAGUCAGUUGUUUCUCAUUUGCACAUUUAGGAGAUUCUGAUAAACAGAAUCAGGUUGUGUCUUACUUUGACUUAUUUUUAGGUAAACAUGGACAUUUUCUGGUCUUUGUCUUGUCAGCUCUCAACAUUUCCUUCAAGAAGGCUGAGUAAGCUUUUCUUUGUGCACAGUAGGUAAAAGUCGGGAAUGUGCACCAUAGGUUUUAAAGUUUCUCUGCUUCAAAGUCUUCACUGCUCAACUCAUUUGUAAAUAUUGACCUUGCUAUGGUUACGCUUGAAGAGCUGCAGUACCCUUACAUAUGCUUAAGUGAUAGUAACACACUGUCCUCUGACUGCGCUUGGCCAGCCCUCUGCUUCAAAUGAAGUUAGUCCCCACUGUAAGAUGCAUGUAUAUACAGUUGCAGGUAUGGGAAAAAAAACCUGCAGGAGCCCAUAUAAUCUUCAUUUGGGAAAAACGUGCUGCAAUGUCAAAAAUAAGCUCCAGUUUAAAAUGAAUGAAACCUAUGAAACUGAAAUUUGCUUGGGGCACUUCUGUUGAAAUUCCUGAUUUGCAGUUUUCAUGUUUGCAGUUUUCUUCUGGUUUUGUGUGUUUUUAACUGUUUAAAAAAGCUUUAAAUCAUUUGUGUUUUUGCAGCAUGUUUGCUAUUUAAGCAAGGCUUUUUGCAUCACCUUUACUUUAUGGAUUUGCAGCAUUUUUCUGAUAUUGGGUUCAUUCUGGACUGUUGCAUGUGUUUUUAGAUUUGCAUUGUCUGAACAUAUGCAGCACGUUUCUACCAAAGAAGAUCACCAGGGCCAUUGCAGAUCAUCUACCUUGGUUGGCCACUAAGUUUGAAUGACAAGUUUCUGAAAAUAUCCAUUUUUUUUCUUUUAUUUUGUUAUUCCUUGGUCUAUAGAUCUUUGGUGUUGUGGAGAUAGCAUGCAGCUUUAAGUUGCAGGCUGCUGUGCUUAGAAAUAAUACCAAUGAGAGGGGUGAAGUACCGUAUAACAACAUUUUGGAAAGCAGUAAAAAUGCACCAUAUAGAUGCACCGUGUUGCUGAUAAGAAUUGUAAAGCUUAGUGGAUGCUACUGAAGUCACUAUAGUUGACCCUUCUAACAUAGCACAUAAAGUUGUUGUAUCUGCAGUACAUACAAGUAUGUUUACAAAAGCUUCAGGAAAUCCCCUCAGGGUUCAGUAGUAGAUGUACAUCUUUGACAGCUCGGUCAUAGUUGCAGUCAUUAUACUAAUUUGUAUCAUUUCCCAACAGACCAGCACUGUCUCAGUUCACUUAUCAUGGGCAGUGGAGAUGACUGCCCAGGCAUGUUUAGUGUCGAGGAGAGGAGAGCCGUCAGACUUGGGAAAUGCCUGGAAUCUAAGGAGUAGAGUGGGAGGAGAUUUCAUCAUGAUAGGGCACACAGGCUGGUGAGAGAAGUCAUUGUUGGCACGGCUCCUAAUGCAAUUAAAAAAAAACCAAGCACAUCUGGUCAUGGGGUUUACCUCACAUUUGUUGGUGUGCUUUGGUUACACACACCCCUGUGAUCUAUCUAGAAAUACAGAUGUGACUUCAGAGGAUUUUAUCUGCUCUAAAAUGUUAUGAAUCAGCUGUUUUCUUCAAACUUCCAGGCAUGAAAGACAGUUGCAUGGUGGUAUUUUGAUAACCCUCCUCUGGCAUGAAGAUAACAUUCAAACCCUGCUGUCUCUCAACUGAAAACCUCUCCAAUGACUCACUUGACAUGAGAUAAGAUUUUGUCUUUUCUCACACAUGAAAAACUGUUUUUCUUUUUCUUUCACAAGUAACUGGGUCAUAUUGUUCAUGUGGUCUUUGUGAUGAGACAAAGAAAAACUCCCAUACUGUUUUCUGGACACCUCAAAGUCUUCAACCUGCAGUGCUCUUUCAUGUCCGAUCAGGUUGGGUAAUGGCUGUAUAUCCAGCAUGUCCAAAGACAAUAAGGAAGGGGCGACUUCCAAGGAAACCCAGCAGUUUUCAUUAGAUUCUGAUCUCUUGUGGAGACACAGAUGGUACAUGCAUUUGUGUUUCUCACAGCAGCUUUGUCUAACAGGACUUUAUCUCUGUGGUUUCUACUGUGUUUUUUUGCAUGGUGGACUAGUUUGCCAGUCUGCUGGACUUAAAGUCUGUUUUACAUGAGAACCGGACCAGUUUUAAUGUGAAGAAACUUGUACCUUCCCAACCCUCCUGUGGCAUCUAUGCUCCUGUGUGAGUUUACAGCUUCACAGAGAGGUCAGAGGUCACAUUUAGUCACAGCAAGGAGUGGUUUGAGAAGCCAUGACUAACCUGGAAGGAUGUGUCUGUGGUAUUUGUCACAGCGAGGAAGAAUUUUGUAAUAGUCUUCAAUCGAAGAAAUGACAAAUGGGAGCACCACUUUGGACUUUCUUUUUUCUUUAAAAAACAUCAUCAGUCACAGGUUUCAUUUUUUUGGUUUGUGUCGUUGCUUGUUUGAGCUCCCCCUUGCUCCCUGUUUCUCCAAUAGUUUCCUUCAAGAAAGGGUUAGACUUGUCGUGUUACAGAAUCCGUAACAAAAGGUUUUCCUUUUCCCAGGUGAAUUCAUGGACUGCAGCGUUUAUUACAUGGCUGACAAUGACAUGUGGUUGGAAUACAGAAAACAGCAAAAGGGAGAGAGAGAGAUAAGAGUAGCUCCAACCUGCAGAUGGAUAUGAGUUAAAUGUACUUGUAAAUUUUGUAAGUGUUAAAGUCAUGUGCAUCACACAGACCUCAUUAAAUACUUAAUAGGAAAAUGUAGAAAAUAAAAAGACAGGUGAAUUGCUGGUUUACGCUUUUAAGCCAGAUAAGUUCUUAGAGCUUGUUUGGACCUGGUUACUUACUUUUCUUGCAAGACCUGGCAACUUUGGCUCAUAGCUUGAUGUCAUCCGUGUUGUUUUAUGGUAUAUCUAAAAGGGUGCAGUCACCUUGGCAUUCCCACUGUGUUUAUAGACCACGUUGAAGUCCUGAGUUUGGCUUUUUCGUUAUCCUCAUGUUGUUCUCUUUUUAAACCAGAGGUUUGUGGUAUUUGCAUGACAGGGUGGGUACAAAUUCACAACACCUUAUUUUUUGGGGGGGUAUAUUGCGCUUGACACAGAUAACCAUUUUGAAAUAAAGAUAUAAAACAGGAUUUCUGUAAUGUUUGUGUCGGUUUAAACCCUGAUCUGUCUCCUUAACUCACGUGUUUUUAAAACUGGGUCAUAAGAACUGUUUAAAUGUGCCACUGCGAAAGGCCUACUGUUUUUUUUUUUUUCAAUGUGGUCACCAGCACGGUCUUGUGCAUCAGGCUGUCCUCCAGCCAGCUGACGGUGUGUAAAUUCUUCAUCUGAUAUACAGUAAAAGGCUACUCUUGUUUUGUCUGUGUGUGUGAGUUGCAGCAUUGUUGUGGAUAAGGUUGUGUAGUGCUCUCUGAGUGCUCGAGGGUCUGUUAGUGCAGCGUUGGUGCCCCUGUGAUUGAAAGCAGCGUGUUGCAUCCUGUCGGGGCACAUGAGUUCGCCUCAAGGCAACGAGUCAUCCACGUGCAUCUCUGAAAAGUCUCAACUUGCCUCCACCUCUAGUUUAUAACCUUUACCUAACCCCCAUUAUAUCUUUCACUACAAAUUUUCAUAAAGAUGUACAGCAACAGAAAGAAAAGUGGUUAAAUUAGCUUCUUUAUUUGUAUCAUAGAGUGAUGAAGAUGCUCUCAUGUAAAGUAGAAGAACAAUACCUUACUGUAUCAUGGGUGUUGAAGGGUUCACUGGUAUGUUGUGCACAGCAGCCCCUAUGUGGAUCUAGUUAAAGGUUAAUCAUGUGUUGAGGGAAAGAAUGUGAAAGAAUAAAGAAUGUGAGUAAGCUAUUAGUCGACAUGCGUGUGUUUACACAGCAAGCCUUUCCCAGGUGCUAUAUGAUCCUUGGGAUUACAGCAGAGGGGGCUGCACUAGAGGCACACACACACACAAACACACACACACACAUGCAAACAGAGCGGCACUACCCCCCCUCCUUCCUAAAGGAAAAGAAAGGAGGGGAGCUGGAGUGCAGGAGGAGGUGUUGGGAGAUAACAGAUCAGAAGGAGGAAAGGAGAGGUAAGGGGAGUGUGAGUGCAGCAGGAGGCAGACUUCAGCUCACCUCCACUACAAAGACUUCACAGGACGGAGCACACAGGAGGCUUUUUCACUGUCUUUAGUUUCUGAUGGUUUGUGAAUGAACCAGUUUGUCGUCUUCUCAGCUCUGGAAAAUGGUGGGACUGUCAUCCACUGCUGUUGAAGGUAAGCGGUGAAAGGAUGGAGGGAGUUUUAAAACUAGAACGAUGUUGAGAUCUUGAAUGACAUGUCAACAUAUGGAAACUUUGAGCUGAUACAGAAGACUUAAUGUUACAUGUGAUAUUUACAACACCGGUACAAUCACAGCUGCUUGUUGAAAUAAGCUAAACUGUUGAGAAAUCCACAUUUUUGCCACCCAGACUCAUUGUGAAACUCUGUUUUAUUGGAGCCACCAGAGACUCUCUGUGAAUGUGUGUGUGAUUAACUGGAACACCUUUCUGCAACAUUAUUGUGAAACAAAUCAGUGCAGACUUAUUGAAUUGUGACUUUUUUGUCAAAACACUGUGGAUUAUUUUAAGAUAGAUGUGAAAAGAGGGAGUGGAAGAAAAAAAAACAGAGCAUCCAAUCGAGGUCACACUAUUCAUCGUAUCAAGGUUUGUUGGACAUGUUAGCACAGGUGCUCAACUCGCUGACAUUAUUCACCCACCUCUAUUCCCCCCCCUCCUCUUUCACUCCCUCAGAAAGUCUACUAAUGCAAGCUUCUUUUAAAAGUCUGUGUCUACACUGUUAAAGUACCCUCAUUGCUGCAGUAGCUACACAAUGCACACAAACACUCUGCAGAGUCUGGCACUAUUAACAAGGUGAGGAAUGUGUCUUGUGUUUAACAGCAAUUGUCAGAUUGGUGUGAAGAGGUAAAGGUUUGAAAGUGUUGCACAUUCCUGCAGGCAUGGCGCACUGCCCACACAUAUUUUCUGCUCUAUCAUGAAGUUUCAACUGAAAAGUUUCAGGUAAAUGGUUAAUUUUGGCUGAAAUAAGCUACUUUUAUUCUUCUCAAGCUGCAAACAUCUCUAUUUUGUUUUCGUUUUGCUAAAAUCAAACCAUAUCCGAAUUGUUUCCAAGCAGUAUUUCAGCUUCCGUGUCAUUACCCGCAGGUGCUAGGCUUAAAAAAACAGUUUUAUCUGGUAUUUAAAGACAUCAAAGACUCUUCAAACUCACACCAACUCAACUCAACUCAACUCAACUUUAUUUGUAGAGCACUUUAAAACAACCACAGCUGUACAAAGUGCUGUACAUAACAGGACAAAAACAACAAGAUAAAAAACAAUCAAGAAACAAUUAAAACAAUGGAUAAAAAAAAAAUAAAAGCAGAAUUAAUAAUAAAAUAUAGCUUCAAUGUUUUUAAAAACUAAUUUAAAAACAUAGAAACAAAUAACUAAGAACAAACCAUAAAACACUAAAACAGGAGCGGAGUCUCAUGGAGGGUUAAAAGCCAAUGAAUAAAAACAAUAAAAACAACACACACAGGUUAACAGUUGGGGCAGAGAUUUAAAGGAUCAUGUGCUGCUCGCAAAGUGUAAGUAGUGUGGGGUUGAUUAUGAGGGCAUGACUGGAGACUUUAGGGUGGUCUUACAUGCCUCACAUGCCAAAAACUAUUUAGUAAUUCCUCUUUGCUCAUUUUGGCACGAGUUGAAUAACGCUGUAAUCGUCAAAUUGGAUAAUCAGAUCUUAAGAAAGCUGGUCCAAGUGAAAUAGUGUAAUAGUUUAGGAGUGUUUGACGCCAAAUCCUUAAAAGUAACGCCUUUAUUUCUGUCUUAUAUUUGAUUAAAUGCUGACUGGUUUAAAUUCGACUUUCUCUCCACUCUGUGAAUGAGUCACACUGUGGAUGAAUUUCUAUCUUUCCCUCGAUUAGGGGAAGCCCAGCGUGAGCUCGAGCCAGAUUCUAAACAGCUGGAACCUCUGGCAGAGAGACGCAGCAACACUUCCCUCUCUCAUGAGUUUCCUCUCCAUCCAUGACCUCCUCUUCCUCAUCUGCCCCCCGGGGUGAAUCGGAUCUUAAUGAGGACACAUUCCAAGUCUGUCCGUGAAUAAAAUCCUCAUGUGCUCUUCUCUGAGUGCGCUUUUGUUACAAUAGACGGAAACUGCAGUAGUAAAGAAGACAGAGUGGAUACACAGACUCAGGCAAACACACACACACCUAGUGAAGCUGUUGUUGCUCUUUACUGUAGCCUUGGCUGGGCAUUGUUAAGCCCAUAGGAAGACCCACCUCAGGAAAGUAUGUCUGUCUUUAAGGAGUGGGAGCAGUCAGAAAUGAAGAACUCACAUCACGAACAGCAGAUACAUCAAGAUUUUCUGCUUGUCAGCGCAAGAUUGUGUGUCGGAGUGAUACAUUCGAGAGUAAACACACUCAUCAAACCUGCACACAAACACAACAGGUUAUUCUGUGUGUCGCUUUGGCAGCUGGGUCACUGAAUAAACAGGCUGGCAUACCCUUACAUUUUUAUGCAUAUCUUCAUGUGCACAUUUUGUGUUUAUUCAGCAACAGGUCUUGUUACCAUACGACCGCCAACAGAACAAAGACUUCUCUGCUCAGCUAGGCUGUCCCGCGGCUGACCUCUUGCAAGAUGCAUGGUUCAGCAGGUCUAAUGUGGCUGGACUGUGAAAGCAGGGUGAGAGAGAGAGAAAGAGAGAGAAGGGGUGGGAGUGUGAAGUGGAGGAAAGGGAGACAAGUGUGCCAGCAGUGACUCAGCCAGUUGUCAGAGAUUUCAGUGGGUUUAAGGAUUAUUGAGACAGAGAAAGCCCGCUAGGAUGCAACAAUACAGACAGAGAGAGUAAAAACAAAAGCUUAAUGAAAUAACAGAGGAUUGGUGAAAGCUGCUUUUGUCAGUAACAGAAGAAUCCAAACACAGCAGCAGGUUGUAGACCUGUUCUCAGAGGGUCCAGCAGCUGCAGGAUUGAGACGGUUUAUUUAAUUUCUGCUCUGAAAACAGGGAGUGGAGUGGUCCCACCUCCCAGAUCAACAUGAGAUGUGAAGCAUAUAUCCCUUUAAGCCACACGGCGUUAGAAACCCAUGUGAAAAGUGUGUGUUGCAGAAGGUUGGUCUGUCUGAGCCAGCUCUGGCUUUUGUGAAUCCAUGACUGAAAUCUCCUGACUGUUAGAUAAAGAUCAGGUCCCUCUGAGCGCUGAUGGAUUUGGCCUCCUCUGGCCUCUGUUAAGUAGUCCUUUGAUUGUUCUUGUCGGGGUUUCAUAUUUCUGCCAACAUCUCUGCAGACCGGUUAAUUGACCUUUCUUAGAAACAGGAGUGACGGAUGAUUGAAAUUUGGGUUUGUGUGAGGUUCAGUGUGAGCCAGCAACAUCUCAGAGCUGCUGCGGAGAGACUAAACUGCUUUCUGAUGACAGAGUGAGGCUGUUUUUAUUCUGUAAAAGAGCUGCUAUCUCUGUUUUCACUUUUCAUCUGGUUUAAUGAGUAAACCUGUUUCCUGAGACUGUAUCUGUUGUUGUUUAGUCUGUCUGGCUGAGGAGAGAGGGGGUGAGCAGCAGCUGUGAUAAGGUGACAGACUGAUAUAUACAAACUGGGAAGUGAAGCGUCAGAGAGGUUUUCCCUGUCUUUCGUUUUCUGACAUCCACUUCUUGGUUUGUUUGGACUUCUCAGUCUGACCUUUGCCCUUUUUGCUGAUAUACAAAGCCCCUGCCCUACUGACCUUUUGUUCUCCCCUGUGCAGCGAUGGAGGUGUUGGUGAAUGAGCUUGGCGUACUGCUAAAGAUGCUGGACCAGGAGAACCUCAGCUCGUCCACGCAAGAGAAGAAGACCUGCGUGUGGAACCUCCUGCAGCAGAUACAGCCGACUGGUCAGUGAAAAGAGAGAAGACAGACUCUUUGGAGAGACUUUUACACCCUAUGAAUAUGUACACACUUAUCAUUAGGUACAAUUAUGAACCUUACCAGUCAUUAGUGUGUGUGUGUGUGUUUGUUUGUCUAUAGUUACAGGAACAGACUACAUCUAUAUGAACUCAUCAGUAUACAGAAAUGGCACCAGCUUUGUGGAGUCUCUCUUUGAAACAUUCGGUGAGUUUGGACCUCAGUUUAAGGUUUCAAAAUGAAAUCCUGUCUUCAUAUGACAUGCGAAUAGUCUGAAUGUACACUAAUAGUGAAUAAAAGUAUGUCGUUUUCUCUUAGACUGCGAGAUAGGGGAUCUUAAAGAUGUCACAGAUGAUCUUAAAGAAGACAAAAACCUGCAAAUGGACACUUUCAAACAGGCAAGUGAAUCCAUGACAUUUAUAGUAAUAUUCUUUACAAGUGAGUUUGAUUUAAAUAUCUUGAAAGUAGGUUAACAGUGUUUGAAGGAUGUUUGUUGUUUUAUGUAUGUGAAUUCAUCCAUCUUUUAGACGAUGCAGUCCGUCAUUUCAGCACGUUUUUUUUUCCAAAUCCAACUUUCCAGAGGAGUAUUUGACCUCUCUCAAAAAAAGCAAAGCAAACAGAGAUUGUAUUGCAUGUUGUGGGGGUUUCCCGUGCACACAUGCUCAUCACUCUACAAGCUGUUAGAGAGUUAAGAUUCAGGGCCCGCCCAGAGCCCAAGUGUCUAAUUUAUGGAUAUUAUUAUAAGGGUUUAAUUCUGUGUCUCUUUGAUGAUGUAGUUCUCAGACUGUGAAUUAAAAUCUUUUAUGUUUAUGGAGGAAACCUGAUCUGUGUGUUUGUAUGUCUCCAUCAGGAGAACUGCACAGACUCCCCAGCCUCUCACUCAGCUGACUCCCCCCCACCUCUGCCCACAACGCCUCCUCCCGAGGAGUACUAUGAGGAGGCAGUGCCGCUCAGCCCUGGCAAGAUGCCCGAAUACAUCAUCACACGAGGUCAGCAUCUUCCCACUGUGAUGAACUCAGUGCCCUUAAUGCCACUUUGCUUUAAAAAAAACUUGAGGCCAGUACUUAGCACUUAAAGUAUAUAAACACGGCAUGCGGCAUUUUUCCAAACAUAAUUACAAAGUGCAAGUUGCAUUAAAGUAUACACUUUAAUGGAAUAUCCUGUCGAGUCCAAUUAGGUUUUCUUUUCAUUUCAGCUGUAAGGCCAAGCCCUCCAAAUUCCAUUGAGGACGGAUAUGAAGAUGCUGAGAACAACUAUCCAACUACCUGCAUUAACUCACACCGCAAAAACUCAUGUGAGCUCAGUGCAGAAGCUGUAAUGGAGAGAUGUCUUUGUUUACAGACAGCAGAUUGCAUAUAUCUCUCCUGUAAUUUCUCCUGCAGACAAUGACUCAGAUGCUCUGAGCAGCUCCUACGAGUCCUAUGAGGAAGACGAAGAGGAGAGGAGCUCUGGUGUCCGACUGACUCAUCAGUGGCCCUCUGAUGAGAGCUCUAUGCCUCCUGCCAGAGACUGUCGCAUCUGCGCCUUCCUGCUGCGCAAGAAACGUUUCGGUCAAUGGGCGAAGCAGCUCACUGUCAUACGGGAAAACAGACUACAGGUGAGGAGCCGAUCGAGUCUUCAGGAAAGAAAGAAAAAAAAACACAUGCAUUCAGCAUUAAAACACAGCUGCCGUAUACUCAACUAUCCUCUCUCUGCAGUGCUACAAGAGCUCUAAGGAUGCAUGCCCCUAUGUUGACCUGCUGCUGCCCCAGUGCACCGUGGUCUAUGCACCCAAAGACAGCAAGAGAAAGCACCAUGAACUCCGCUUCACCUUACCAAAUGGAGACGCACUGGUGCUGGCAGUGCAAAGCAAAGAGCAGGCCCACAGAUGGCUGAGGGUAAAGUGACAUACAGGAUUACAGCUUCGUUUUCAGAGAUGUAGUAAUUAAGAAAAUCAGAGCUCAUACCAAUUACACAUGAAAAAAAAAUAACAGUUUAGCUAUAAAGCUGGUUCCAUUUUUUUCUUUCAGUGUUGUUGCAUUUGUUGUAAUAAAUUAAUCCCCCCAUUAGGAAUUUUGCCCAAGAACCAAAAUUAAUCUUAAUAUAAAGACAAUGGCGCGCAUGAUACAAGCCUUCAUUUCAUUAUCUUUGAGGGAGCACAAAUUCAAUCUUCUUUUAAAACACAAAUAGCUCUUGGGUUGUAAAUAAACUGUUGUAUAACUAACAUAAUAAUGGCAAAAUAUAAGUGAGACAAGGUUAAAAGACUGAAUGAUUAGAAAUAUAAGUAGGGCUUUCACUUCGCUCUUUUGUUCUUUUAUAUGUAAUGUGCCUUCUUAUUUGCAAAAGCAAGAACCUUACAGUCAACUGCAGCAUGGGCCUGACUAGCUGACGAUCAUUAAAUUAAUGAAAAGCAAUAGAUUUGUCAGCUACUGCGAUUAGUAAAUGCCAAGUUACAUGCAGAAAGGGUACAGUGCUCAGCAUAAAUGAGUACACCCCUUCAGAGUUGUCAGAAAACCUUUAGUUUCUUUUCAAAAUCAACAUUUUCUAUGUCAGACUAUAUAACAUAAUACUCCCCCAAAUGAAAGCCAUUGAUUGCGAACAAGAUUUUUUAAAUUUCAUACAAGGAAGUAUUUUUUUCAAUUUAAAAUCAGGAUGCAAAAAUGAGUACACCCCAAUCAAAGUUCUGGGAGCAAACCGUAUCACCCUUAUUUUCAUCUUAUGGAAAAUAAAAUGUUAUGUUAAACUCAGCUUUGUCAAAACUUUGGAAAUUGUACUUUUGCUCAUCUAGAUAUUGAGAAAUACAUUACUUUUAACAGGGGGUGUACUGACUUAUGCUGAUAUAAGUGAACAGAGUGAGGACACUGCAUCCCUGAACAACGCAGACAGUUUUUGACACUGAGGGCUUUAGUUUUGGUUUUGACAGUGUGAAAACAUCAGAGGAAUGAUAUGUUAAAUAUUCCUGCAGGUUGUCAAAGAAGUGAGCGGCCACAGCACUGGGACUGAGGAAUCUGCCUCUCCUGUCAUUCAAAGAAAAACUGACCUUGACAAGGUAAGUACAGAGGAGAGGAUGUUUGUUUUGGCACGUUGCUGUCAGGUUGCUUUUUUGUCUUACUCUAAAACAUAAUUAACACCCACGGAUGAGGUGAGGAAAAGCAGUAAUUGAGUUGUCAGCAUCAAUUUUCCUUACCAAUUGUUUAGUUCAUAGUGAUACCUGUAUUUAGCUUGAAGAACAAAGAUGAGCUCUGAAUCAUAAUUGGAUGGUAAGACUCAAAUGACACCAGUGGUAGUGAGUCAGUGUUGGGACAGACACAUCCACUUACAAGCUUACCAACCUGUCAGAACAUAAACCUACCAGACUCUCUCAUCAAUGAAAGCACCAGGUGAUGAGAGAGGGAAGUUUAUGAGAGAAAAUACCAGAGGGUUACGUCGUUCUGUCAUUAUUUCAUGAAUUCAGGUCUGUGUUGCACCUGAGAGGAAUAAAAUGAAAUUUAAGUACUCGUAGUUUGUAGGACAUACAGUAAGUGGAGAGAGCUUGGCUACAGUUAAAUUCUACAGGGAGACAAUGAGUCUUAACCUGUGUUUAUUCUCCCUCAGAGAUUAUCUGCAGAGAGGAACACAUCAGAUUCAGACAGCGUGGGUGUGUCGACUGGAGAAAACUGCAGAGAAAACGGUGAGAUAAAGACACACAGUCUCAAAUCAAUACAGCAGCCAGCAUAUGCCUCUAGCUGUCUGUAAUCUGCAUCUGUGGAAGUGAUACCAUCUCCGAUUGAUUACUGCUAUAUUAGUGUGUGAUCGUAUGAAUAAUAGAGAAAAGAAAGAUUUUUACUAUGUUCACCCCCUACAUUGUCACUUGACAAUUUAAAACAUCUGUCUGUUGUAGGAGUUUGACGCAAACCACAAAAUAAUACAAUCUGUGUUUGUUUGGCAUGAAUGAAACUUUGCUCAAUGGGUUUUAAUGGCAGCCAUAUUUUGGGAGUUUCAAGGCACUUCUGUGUUACAGGGUCAUAAAGUUAGGACAUUUAACUGCUUUACAAAAUAUAACUUCUUCAGUUAUAAUGAUGAACAGAUUAGAUUUUGCCAGAGUUGAUAAACAGGCUUUUUAACCUGUCACAGAAAAAAGCCAUUUCAGUGGGCACUCCAGAGUUCAAGACUAAACUUGAAAACUGAGCUAUCUCAAUGAAAACUAAGUGUGAAUUGCUGUUUUAACAGGCCGAACAUAAUUUGUCUUUUUUAUUUUCAAUUUUUUGUUCCAGGCAAAGUCAAACGGGGGGCUCUUGCAGCGGGCCGUAAAAUAACACGUAUCAUCAGCUUCUCCAAGAAAAAGUCUCCCCGUCCAGGAGAUCCCCGGUCAUCUUUCAACGAUCCUCGACAAGGUUGGACCAUAUUUCACCAUCAACCUCACUCUUUGUGUCUUUAAAUUUGCAGGCACCUAAUUUUUCUUUCACUCAUCUCCAUGCAGGCUACCUGUCUGUGCUGGUGAAUCAGGUGUGGAGGGAGCAGUGGUGUUGUGUGUGCAGAGGCUCUCUUCACUUUUACAAUGAAAAGGGAGACCCGCGGACCUCCCUGCCUUCACUCCCACUGCAAGGCUGCGAGGUGGUCCCGGGGCUGGGGCCCAAACACCCCUUUGCCUUCAGAAUUUUAAGGAACAGCACAGAGGUGGCUGCUCUGGAGGUACAAAAGACAUUUUUGAAUUUGAUGGUUAGACAUUAACACAGUUUAAAUGAAAGUUUAGAGGGAUUCAUUUCUGCAGGAUAUGUUAGUGGCAACAAAUGAUACAACGCAAACAUUUAAUACAAAUGAUACAAUAUUGUAUCAUAGUUCAUCUCACUGUAUAGUGUAACACAUUAUGAUACAAUAUUGCAUGAUGCAGUUGAAUAUAAUAAUAUAAUAUAAUACAACAUGAUACUACAAAACAAUACAAUAUGAUACAAGGCAAUACUCUAUGAUACAAUGUGAUACAGCAUAAUACAGAAUGACAUGAUAUGAUUCAAUACAAUAGCUACAAUACAAUACAACGGCUACAAUAGAACACUAAAUUUUAUGAUACAGCACAGUACAAUAUGAUACAAAGGCACAAUAUGAUAUUAUUCUAUAUGAUUGCUACAAUACCAUAUAGUAGCUACAAUAACAACAAUACCCUAAAGUAUAAAACGAAGGGAUUGGUUAUGAUAUGGUAUGAUAAAAUAUGAUACGAUAUAAUAAGAUACACUAUUAUACAAUUUUAUACCUAUGGUAUAAUACAUGAUACAACAGUAUGAUGCGAAAUGAUGUGCUAUAAUACAAUUCAAUAUGAUUGCUACAUUACCACACAAUUACUGUGGUACAGUCCAAUGACGAUGAUACCCCAUAAUAUAAAAUCAUAUGAUACAGUAUUGUACAAUACCAUUAAAUGUGAUAGCUUUGAUACUAUAGAGUAGCUACAGUACCAUACAACCACUGUGACACAAUAUGAUCUGAUAUGAUACAGUGUUACAGGUCAUAGUUCAGCACAGCAUGGUUUGGUUUAGAACAACACUAUAAAAUGCCAUAUAGUAAAAUGUAAUACACUACACAGUCCUGACGGAAACUUAUUCGAGAACGUUGCUUAACAGGUUCAACUGUCCCCAUAAUGAUACAAACAAAUAAAAUACAGCAAUCAGCUGGCCACAUACACCAAUAACGACCAUGAAGUAAAUAUUUUGCACAGUAUUUGUGCCGCAGAAUAUUUUUUAUAACUUAUCUAAAUAAGUUUAGCUGCCCACUAGAUGCCUAAAAACUGUAUAUUUAAAUGAUAGGAUUUUAUAUACAUACUCCUAUUUUUUUAGGCUAGCAGCUCUGCAGAACUUGGAAAAUGGCUCGGCGUCCUUUUGGCAGAGACAGGCUCAACUACAGACCCAGAGUCACUGCAUUACGACUAUGUUGACGUGGAUACCAUUGCUAACAUCCGCGACGCUGCAAGGCAUUCCUUCCUGUGAGUGAAACCGAGAGGGAGGAGUUGAGAGAUUUCAACAAGGUCAGGGUGAGGCCACUGACCAGUGUAAUGAUGCUAGGACCUCACAGAGUUUUUCCCUCUUUUUCUCUGAUCCUAGGUGGGUCACAUCCUCUGCAACAUACGAUGAGGUCCCCAAUGAAGACAUUGAGGUGAGACUCGUGUGCUCAGACUCACAGACAGGUAGUCUUUGUUCAGUAAAACCUCAUGUCUGAUGCUUAACUUUGAUGUGACAAGAUUAGAAGCUGCAUGUCUGUGUGUGUGCAGCUGUUUGGUACUGUCACAGACGAAAUAUGACACCCCAUAUCAGUCAGCGGACAGACAGUGCUCUGUUACAUGGCUAUCAAUGAUGGCUUUUUGUAGGACAGAAAAAAAGCAGUGUGUGGGCGUGAGUGGAGGGGAGAGGAAGGCGAAAAAGAAAAAGCAAUCAACUGGUGACAGGAAGGCAAGAGGUCAUGGUGGUUUUACAGCCAGUAAACACCUCUCUUAACCCCUCUGACAUGCACUUAAACGCAAACCUCUCACCUCAUAUGUUGAAAACAUACAGACGUCAGUGGUCUCAGACCAAUAAAUCUGAAGGUUACUUAAAUUCUUUGCUGGUAUACAAAUUCAUUUUUCUCUCUGUCCUCAUUCUUUUUUUUACAUCCUACCACAUCUGUCAAUCUGUCAUGCCCUCCCCCUCACAAACAGUCAGGGGAGAACCACAGACAGCAGUGUGGGAAUCAAGGGAAGCGGCGCUCAAGUUUCUCCAGCAGUGACUCCGACAGGAUCAAACCUCUAGUUUCGCUCAAGAGAACAGGUUCAAGUAAGUAUAUCAGUCAGUUUUCUGAAGAAUUGUUUCUGAUUUCUUGCUCUCCCUGCUGUUUUUCUAGCUAUUCAAAAAUUAACCAGUCAGUAUAAAGUAUUAAACCGUAUCGGGUGAUUAGGAAGUCAAAAGCAAGGUAAUGUUUUUGUUUUAUUAAACAGGAAACUUUGAAACAUUCAGCUUGCAGCAAACUGUAACUUGUAACGACAGAAAUUUGUUGGAUUUUAUCUCCAUUGCUGAAACAUUGAAGACAUUUUCAAUAACAUCUGUAGAAAUCAUGGACAACUUACAAGAAAGCUGAAGUUUAAAGAUGAACUUAAUCUUUACGGUUGCUUUUUUCCUGUAUACUCACUUUUAUGUCUUUUAUGUCUUUUCAAAAUGAUGCCCCUUGAGGUGAAUUAGAAAACACAGAUGGCACCCUUACACUGAUCAUAAAACAUGAGCGUUUAUCCAGCUCAGUGUUUCCUUUUCCUCUCUUCUCUCCUCGUUUCCUCACUUUUUUCUCAGUGUCUUCUCUCAUCACUUCCCCUCCGAUCAGUUGGCCCCUGAUGUACAAAUAGAUGAGAUGAGUGCCCUGAGUUUAGGAAAGUGAUAUUGGUUUGGUCGGCUGCCUCUCCUCAGAGCUGUUUCACAGGCCAUCACUGAGAAGUUCUGGCACAUCAAAGCAGCAGCGCUUUCCUGGGUUGAGAGCUUCAGGAUGUAACCUGAGAUUUAUUGGACACUUGCAUUAGAUCCGCUGUCUUGCCUCCUGACCUCAAACUCUGCAGGAGUGUGUGUUAAUCUUUUAUUUAUCACUGUAUCACUGUUUGGUACAAACUCUUUGGUUGAAAUCAUGUCACAGGAUGUAUUUAUUAACUGUUUAAUGUGAGUUUUAAAGAAUUGAUCAUACUCCUCCCUUAUGGGACAUGAUGCUAUAAAAACCAGAGUGAAAUACUGCCAUGAGAUUUGCUAUCUUCUUCCCAUAACCCUCAAACAUCUGACCCCUAACCUUUGCUCUCCUCUGACAUCUCCACCCAGAUGCCAACCAGUAUGGACGGUAUGGGAAAACACGAGCUGAAGAAGACGCCAAGCGUUACCUGAAAGAGAAAGAGGAGCUGGAAAGAGAGAGAGAUGGGAUUCGACAUGCGCUGGUGACCCUGCGAAAGGAGAAGAGAGAGCGGAAGGAAGAGCUGAAGACGGCCUCUGGUGAGAAAAAGCAAAGCACAGCAGGACUGAAGAUGCUGCACAAACUCUGGGUGUUACCGUCUCAAAGUUAACACACAUUUACUGAAUGUGCUUUACAUCCCACUGGGAGACAAAUACACACGUCGUAUCCUGAGAGGAUAUUUCAGUUUGUUGUCUGAGUUAUUACUUACCCAUUAGAUGUUACAUGUCUGCAUAUUAACCACAAGGCUUAUAUAUCAAGUGCAUCCCUGCUUUGAGUCUGACCCUGCUCUGUGAUCUCCGUGAUUAGAGGGCCAUGUGAGAACAGAACUUCCCUAGAGGGAUAAAUAAAACAUCUAAUUGCUUCUAUUAUUUAAUCAAAAGACAUGUCUGUGAAAAUUUCCUCUAAAUCUUAUUAAUUUCCUGUAGUUUCAAGUUGCAUGGAGCAAGUAUUAAGAUAGAUUUUAAGUAAAAAAGUAUCAAUGACAGAUUUAACUACGGGCAAAAGCGCUCAUAAGGAAUCCGGAUGGUCUUUGCUGAUGUUUGUGGAUGUGCCAUAUUGUUAAAAUGUAAUUUAUGGUUUUUAAUUAUGGGUCUCUAUGUAGAUUGAACUCUGAGGACUAAAUGUUAUCUUUAAAGUGAUGUUUGACACAUAUUUAAAGCUGCAAUAAAUAAGUAUUGAAGCAAGUUAAAAGUACUUAAAAGCAUCUUAGUUAGUACAGUAUUAGGUACCUGUACAUUGUUUACAGAGAAAUCACUUUUUAUACCUGAUCUAAAGGAGUUUGUAAGUACUCUAAAUCUACUUUUUUGUCUGUUUGUGUUGCUCUGUUUGUGUUUUUGUGUUUCUGUGGAGCAGAGAGAAGAAAACCCUCUCUAAACAAGCGUGUCUCUGAGCUUGAAGAAGCCUGCAAGGCCAAAGAGGCAGACAGAGUGGACCUGGAGCUGCGUCUAACCCAAGUCCAAGAAAACCUCAAAAAGAGCCAGGCUGGUGGAGUUCUGGGUGCUCCUGUUGAGACCAAACCACCUGUUAAAGUAUGUAUGUUUCUUAAAGUUAAAACAGGUUUACACCUGUUGGCAUUUACACUCUUUACUAACUUGAGUUUCUUUGUUUAGGGCUCUUGCAAAAAGAAACAGAAUAUCUACAGUGAGUCUUUACCGGUAAACUGUGCCUCAGAGAUGCGAAGAAGACCUCCCUCUGUUUAUGCCUCUUCCACUGGAACCGUCAUGCAGAAAGCAAAGGUAACUAAAUAAUAUGUUUUCCUGUCUUUGUGGACAGAUAUCUCUGUUCAGCUUCUCAAAACAGCAUGAGUAUCUAUCCAUAUUUCACAGCUAAAACAUUGUGCAUUUAUUUAACAACAAUACUUUUUAUAUAUUUCUCCUUUUCUUUCCAUGCAGGAGUGGGAGUCUAAGAAAGAAACCUAAGAGUAUUAUCACAGAAGGACUGAUAAAAAAAAUCAAUGAAUGUACAUCAGAAGCCGACUUUUUGGACACCAUGCGGAUAACCUCACUGUCAUCCUAAAGCUUAGAGAAAACAAACUGUAAUGAAUUAAAUUGGCCACAAGGUGGGAGUACACAUCCAUGAAUAUUUACUCCUUUGUCCACCGAGAAAAGGAUACUCCAAAUGUGAGGAAUGCAACAGCUUACUGUCUCUGUCUUUGUAUUGUAUUAAGUGUCUUUGGUGACACAGGUUGAAAUGUGGCACACAGAAAAAGAGGAGUAAUAGUUUGUAAUAGAAAAGUAUGCAGAAAGGUGAUAUUGGAUGCAAAGAAACAGUUUUGUAAUGGAAGUGCGAUGGAAAAAAGGAUGUGUUGCAUUUAAAAAAAAAGGGUUAAUUGUGAAGAUGGGAUGCAAGAUAAUGAGAGGUUUAAGCAGUGAGCCACAGUGUGCCUUUCUUAAAGAUGUUUUCCUGCUUGUAUAUAGUGAGCCAUGACUACUGUUAUGUAUGUCUUAUACUUUUGUACCUUCAUACUGUUUCACUUCUCACCAUGACUCUGCCACACUUAAGUGUACGUGCCAUGGAGCUCUUCUGCGCUUUGCUACACAGCAAGAACAUCUGCGGAAUUAUUUGGUCUCAGCAAAGUCCUUUGGCACAAAAUCAAAACCAGUUAACUCUCCCAUUAGAGGUGAUUAAGUAACUAACAAAGUGGUGCUAUUCAACAACAACAAUCAAUGUUUUUCUGUGCGAGACAAUCUCCUCUACAUGUCUUUUUAAUAAGUUUUAUGCAGAACCAGUGGUUGACUUUUGCACUUUACUGUUCUCCUACCUGGAUGAGGGAAAAUAAAGAUGUUUUGUUCUCAAGCGUUGAACCUCACAUCAUUUAUAAUAGAUUUCUUCCCCAUUGAAAUUCAACACAUUCAUAGUCAUUGAUUUAUUCUUUUAAUUUCACAUUUUAUGUUGUGAAAUAAUUAUGAAUUCAUGAAAACAAUGUAUGAAAAAAACGUACAUAAGUCAGUUAAUGAAGGCAUUGUAAUGCAGCACAGUAUAAUGUGAUGCAGCUUAGGCAGACUUGUUUAAAACUUCCUUUUCAUGAAAUCAUUCAUAAAUAAACAGAUAACGGCUUU